CGGCCGCGGCCUCCGCAGCGGCGACGGCCGCGGAUCUGCGCUGCCCGGGUUUCCUGCCGGGCCUCUUUCGCGGCCGGGCCCAGCAUGGCUGCCUCCAGGGCCGCGGGCCGGGGCAUCGUAGCGCGCUCGCGUUCCUGACAGCCUCUGGCUUCUGUGCGCUCCUUGCUUUCCCCCGGCCACCCCAGCAGACAUGUUUGCCAAGGCCUUUCGGGUCAAGUCCAACACGGCCAUCAAGGGGUCGGACAGGAGGAAGCUCCGGGCUGACGUGGCGGCUGCUUUUCCCACCCUGGGCACAGAUCAGGUCUCUGAGUUAGUCCCCGGCAAGGAGGAGCUCAACACUGUGAAGCUGUAUGCCCACAGAGGGGAUGCAGUGACUGUUGACCGUCGUGUCAGGCUUUGCCAGGUCCCUAGGAGAUUGAGUGUUCGGUGGUUAAGUGAUUUCUGGUUUGUUUGUGUAGUGUACAUGCUGUGGUCCCAUCCCGAUCUCCUACCGACCUUCACAACAUGGCCUCUGGUACUGGAAAAACUGGUGGGGGGAGCAGAUUUGAUGUUGCCGGGACUUGUGGUGCCCCCUGCUGGUCUGCCUCAGGUACAGAAGGGCGACCUCUGCGCCAUUGCCUUGGUGGGGAACAGAGCCCCAGUAGCCAUUGGAGUUGCUGCCAUGUCCACAGAAGAAAUGCUGACGUCAGGCCUGAAGGGAAGGGGCUUCUCUGUGCUCCACACGUACCAGGACCACCUGUGGCGAUCUGGAGACAAGUCCUCUCCACCUUCCAUUGCUCCCCUGGUGGUGGAUCCUGCAGAUCUCAAUGAUGACAAGGAGUCGGUCCAGGUGAACCCCGUGCUGCAGGGAGAGGAGGAGGGGAAUGGGGAGACGGCUCUCUCAGAAGCCACCAGCGCUGGGGGCCAGGACCAAGACCCCACAGACAGCAGAACCCUUCAAGAGCAAAUGGAUGAGCUGUUGCAGCAGUGCUUCUUGCACGCCUUGAAGUGCCGCAUCCAGAAGGCCGACCUCCCGUUGCUCACCAGCACGCUCCUCGGCAGCCACAUGUUCUCCUGCUGCCCUGAGGGACACCAGCUGGACAUAAAGAAGUCAAGCUACAAGAAGCUCUCCAAGUUCCUGCAGCACAUGCAGCAGGAGCAGAUCGUGCAGGUGAAGGAGCUCAGCAGAGGGGUGGAGAGCGUUGUGGCUGUGGAUUGGAGACACCCGAGGAUCACAUCUUUCGUCAUACCUGAGCCCUCCCUGACCUCCCAGAGUGUGCAGGAGGGUAGCAGGGAGCAGCCCUAUCGCCCUCCAGACAUAAAACCCCUCUACUGUGUCCCAGCCAGCAUGACCCUGCUCUUCCAGGAGUCUGGCCACAAGAAGGGGAGUGUUCUCGAGGGCAGUGAGGUCCGAGCCAUCAUCAUUAACUAUGCCAAGAAAAAUGACCUGGUGGAUGCAGACAACAAAAAUCUUGUGAAAUUGGACCCCGUCCUGUGUGACUGCCUCCUAGAGAAACAUGAACAGCAUUCCAUCAUGAAGCUUCCGUGGGACAGCCUUGUGACCAGGUGCUUGGAAAAACUGCAGCCUGCCUAUCAGGUGACCUUUCCCGGACAAGAGCCUGUUGUGAAGAAAGGGAAAAUCUGUCCAAUUGACAUCACCCUAGCACAGAGAGCUUCUAAUAAAAAGAGAGAAAGGUCUUCCUUUCCGUUGGUUCACUCCCUAAAUGGCCGCCACUGCCAGAGCUACACCAAUCUGAAGCCAGGAGCCAGGUUUUUCCUCCUGGUCUCCCAUGCCAGUGCAGGGCCCAAGCACUUGGGCCAUCCUCCACUGCCUUCCCAGGCCACAGCAGAGAGCUGGACUGGAAGAGGAGCAACUGGGACUAGAACCAAGUGCCCAAAUGGGAUACCGGCGCCACAGGCGGAGGAUUAACCAAGUGAGCCAUGGCACCAGCCCCCAGAGAGGAGGUGACUGUGGUCCGGAACUUGGAGGCCUAUGGUCUGGACCCGGGCUCCGUAGCUGCCACCCUCCAACAGCGCUGCCAGGCGAGCACCACCGUCACUCCCGCCCCUGGGGCCAAGGACAGCCUACAGGUGCAGAUCCAGGGGAACCAGG